GACGAGUUCUUUAUUGCGAGAUAGAUGUCGAUAUUCCCAUAUCGAUUAGUUACAUACAUUAUUAGAAUGUUUUACAGCACUUAUAACCACCGUAAAACGAUAAAACAAAAAAUGACAGGCUCAUAGAUAGAUAGAUCGUUUAACAUGACAGCGUUUUGGGUAAUGGGGGUCUCAGACAGGGAAGACCACGCCUCUCCCGCCCGCCUCGCCACUUGGAGAGCCGACAUCAGCCUAUAACCUCGCCGGGUUUCCACCCAUUCCUCCACAUUUGUUUCUCCCACCCACACCCCCUCCUCCCUUGUAUUGUCAUGCAAAUAAAGGACGCGUAAAAUAUUCCUCCAGAGCUCAGCCACCAGCCGGCCAGAGCGCAUUGAGGACGCAGCCGAGCAAACAGCACGCUGGUGGAUUUUCUAUCUUUUUUUUUGUUUGUUUUAGUUUAGUUUUUUUCUCUCUUUUAUUCGGCGUCCAAGAAACGUCCGUCCCACAGGCAGACUCUCGUAUCAACGUCGGACGUGGACGUGGGGGGAACCAAAGAGGGAGAGAGGUCCGAGGUGUCCCAAUAGAACACCACCCGCCGCUGCGAGGAAACUACGGACCGCCACGCCGCCGCCGCCACUCCGCGCAGCAAACGGGAUCAUCUACCUUGAGGAUCUGUGUGUUUUCACUCAUUUUUUUGGGGGAUAUACAAACAAGUGUGGCCAAGCGCGAGUGCCUUUCUAGACGGGAUUACUGGGCGCCCUCCCUCCCCCUUCCCUUGUCCUCCAACGCAGCCAUGAGCCAGGCGGACGUGUCCACAUGUUCGGCCCCGCAGAGGGUCUUCCAGGAGGCGGUGAAGAGGGGUAACACCAAGGAGCUGCACUCGCUGCUGCAGAACAUGACAAACUGUGAGUUCAACGUCAACUCGUUCGGACCCGAGGGCCAGACGGCGCUGCAUCAGUCCGUCAUCGACGGUAAUCUGGAGCUGGUCAAGCUGCUGGUCAAGUUCGGCGCGGACAUCCGGCUCGCCAACAGGGAGGGCUGGAGCGCACUGCACAUCGCCGCUUUCGGGGGCCACCAGGACAUUGUGCUAUACCUCAUCACCAAGGCCAAGUACUCCUCUGGGGCCCGGUGAUCGCUCACUCCCAGCCUGCCUCCCUUCUUCCUCCCUUCUCUCUGCUGUGUGUCAGGUAAAAAAAAAAAAAAAAUGGCAACAAAACUCUCCACUCCAUUGUCUCGUUCAUGUGCCAAACAUCAAUUGGGCUGCAUUGGAAUCUUUCAAUAACAUACACUUAGUUUCUUGGUACUAAAGCAGGGGUGGGGGGCACUUGUCCUAUCAGUCCUCCUGGCGUCAUGCAAAUGUCAUGAUUAUUAUGAGAUACUCUUCAAAUGCUCUUGGCUGGCUGCUAAAGGGUCCGCAAGCCGUAGGUUGCCCACCCCUGUCCUAAAAGCUUUCUUCUUGAAUGUGUCUACUGUAGAUGGUGCAUUCCCCUCAUUGUUUAUCCCCCCCCCCCGCCCCUCCCAUCUUCAAUGAUGCUCAUCAUUGUCCACUAAAACAGCCAUUUUAACUUAUUUAAAGUGAAUUAGGGCACUUGAUGCUGGAAUAUUUGAAAGGGAAGAGAACACAAAAGCAAGAAAAGGCAGAUGUAUUGUUUUGAACUCAAAGAGCGGCAUUAUGGCUAUCCGAUAUGCUUUUUAUGUUGUUGUUUAACCGUCAUGCUGUAACAACAAAUGGCUUCAUUGUGUUUGUGAAGUACUGUACACGAUAGCUUUACUUUGUUUCUGUCAUUGUUUGAAGAGAGACACAAAACAUUCAACUCACCAUCAUCCACGCUGGCGUCCAACCUUUUCAAGCCAGUCUGCCAACGGUCACUGUGCUGUUUCUUUAAAGGAAAAAAAAAAAAACAGCUGCUUUGUUUUAAAACAAAAUAAAAUGAGAAAUUGAAAUCACUUUAUAAACUCAUUUCAGUAUUCUAUUAAGAUCCUCACUGUGAAAGCAGGCUGUUUUUUUUUUUUAUUUUUGGUAUAUUUAUGAAGGUACAUUUUGAUCGGGGGAAAAAAAAGAGAAAAUGAUCUUUAAAUGUUAGAGGAUGACUCAAGCUGCUUCAGUUUUUAAAAAAUAAAAUAAAAAUAAAUAACUGUCCCAUGUGGAGGUAUCCCCUCUGUGUGUGCCCCCCACCCCUCCUUGUCCCAUUCCUCCCAUCAGGAUUGGUUGCCUUUUUGCCAGCUACCUCGACUUUUAAAGUAUUCUCAUGUUGUGCUUAUGCCAGUAUGUUGUUGUUUUGUUCCCCCCCCCCACCACCCCCACCCCCCAAAAACGAUCCUGCACCCUCAUUUGGGACAGUUUGUUUCACACUACAACCAAACCAGUUCAGACAAGCUAAGCAUCAGUGUGCCUUUCUGCAAUCUCUCCUUUUUGUGGGGUCUGUGGGGGGUGUUUUUUUUUUUU